AAACCUUCCCUUCUUUCCCGAUUUCAAGCCCUAAAAUUCCGAGACUUCUGUUUCUCGCUUUAACGACAGUCGCCGAGUGAGAGAUAUAGAGAGAGAAAGAUGCCGGUGCACGAUGAGCAAGAGCAUGAGGUGUACGGUGGAGAGAUCCCAGAAGAGGAAGAAGGUGAGAUGGAUACGGAAGAGUACGAAGAACACGGCGGAGAAGAAGGUGCCGCCGCCGGAGAUGAGGAGCUUGAACCUGGCUCUAGCUCUAGGGACUUGGAGGAUAUGAAGAAACGAAUUAAGGAGAUUGAGGAAGAAGCUGGAGCUUUGCGUGAAAUGCAAGCCAAGGCUGAGAAAGAUAUGGGUGCUAGUCAAGGUUUAAAGCUUGUCUUGUUGAUUAUGAUAUUGCUUUGGGUUUACAUAUUGGAAUCUUUUAGUGAAUCAAUGAAUCUGUCUAGAAAUUUACUGGAGUUUGAGUAUGAGAAGGAAAUCAUUAAUAGUGGUGUUAGUGCGGCUGAGAAGGAAGAAGUGGAUUCGCGUUCAAUAUAUGUUGGCAAUGUGGACUAUGCAUGUACUCCAGAGGAAGUCCAGCAGCAUUUUCAAUCAUGUGGGACAGUGAAUAGGGUUACAAUUCUGACAGAUAAGUUUGGUCAACCUAAAGGUUUUGCGUAUGUCGAAUUUGUGGAAGUAGAAGCUGUUCAGAAUUCGCUUAUUUUGAACGAGUCAGAACUACAUGGUCGUCAGAUAAAGGUAUCUGCAAAGAGGACUAAUGUACCUGGAAUGAGGCAAUUUCGAGGAAGAGGGCGUCCCUUUAGACCGAUGAGGGGAUUCAUGCCAGGAGUUCCAUUUUAUCCUCCAUAUGCUUAUGGGAGAGUUCCCAGGUUCAGACGGCCUAUGCGCUACAGACCGUACUGAUUAGGCAAAUUGGUGUUAAAAAAGUAGCAGCUGCUUCUCCGUUUUCGGGAAAGCUUAUCAUCAUCAACACGGUUCAUCGGACGCUGCAGUUGUUUCGAUUAACAGAGAUGAGUUGAAGAAUUGUAUGGCAGAAGAGAGAGGGGAAUUAUAUUCUAGAUUUUCUGUACAAUAUUUGAUGACAAGUGCAACAUUUUGAUGAGUUCCUUUGUUUUUAUUAUCUUCAAACACGAGUCACGAUUUCACAAUAACUCGCAAGCUUCCAUUGUUCUAGAUUUGAUGCAUAUUGACCAAAAAAAAACAAAAGUUAAUUCUCUAA